GGGCGGCGCGGUGCGGGGUGAUGGAGUCGCGGGCCCUCGCCGCCCGCGCCCUGCUUGGCAGGGCCCGCUGAGGCCCGGCCGCAGCCGCCGCCGGAGCGCGGCCAGCCCCUGCCCGCCGCCGCCAGCCCCCCACGGCCGGGACAUGGCCACGGAGCCCCCGCGGCCGGCGGGGCGCCCCGAGGGCGGGCGCGGGUGCUGCGCAGGCGGCGGGCGCGGCGAGGCGGAGGAGGCCGAGGCCGCGGCCCAGCCGGUGCCGGGCGCCUCCCCGGGCCCCGCGGCGGCGGGGGGCGGCCGGCGGCGGGCGCUGAACGGAUGCGUGCCGCUGUCGCACCAGGUGGCCGGGCACAUGUACGGCAAGGAUAAAGGCGGCAUACUGCAGCAUCCAGAUGGAACUGUGCUGAAGCAGCUGCAGCCACCACCCCGUGGUCCCAGGGAGCAAGAGUUCUACAACAAGGUUUAUGACUCCAACUGUUGCGACAGCAUUCUUCUGGAGCUGCGGGAAUAUCUGCCAAAAUACUUCGGUGUCUGGUCACCACCUACUGCACCAAAUGAUACUUAUCUAAAACUGGAAGAUGUGACUCGUAAGUUUAAUAAGCCCUGCAUAAUGGAUGUAAAAAUUGGUCAGAAAAGUUACGAUCCAUACGCUUCAGCAGAGAAGAUACAGCAGCAGGUCAGCAAGUACCCCCUGAUGGAGGAGAUUGGCUUCUUGGUUCUUGGAAUGAGGGUGUACCACGUGUCUUCGGACAGCUAUGAGACACAAAACCAGCACUAUGGAAGGAGCUUGACCAAGGAAACAGUGAAGGACGGUAUCUCUAAGUUUUUCCACAGUGGGUACUGCUUGAGGAAAGAUGUGGUAGCUGCCAGCAUUCAGAAGGUUGAAAAGAUUUUGGAGUGGUUUGAGGGCCAGACACAACUCAACUUCUACGCGAGCUCCCUGCUGUUUGUCUAUGAAGGGUCGUGUCCAGCGACAGCUGUGCGGCUCAGCGAUGUCACCUUGGCAGAGAAGAGGAGAGUGCCCAAAGGCCUCUUAUCAGGUGGAGAUGUAUUGGAGUACAAUAAUAAUAUUAACGUAAUCAAUUCUACAGAGAACGGAAAGAUUGAAGCCUCUGUAAGCAAAGGCUUGUCUAAAUUUUACGCACUUCACAAAAAGGCGUGCUCCAAGAGGCACCACAGUCAGCUCUCGCUGAAAGUUGAAACCUCAGAGCAGGAUAACGUGUGGAAAACCAGCACAUGCAUUACACAGGAGCACCUGAACGGAAAUGUUCUACCCCAACUGGAAAAAGUUUUCUAUCACGUGCCAGCAGAGACCAAGGAAAGUGCAAAUGUCGAUGUCCGAAUGAUUGAUUUUGCUCAUGUGUUUCCUAGCAACACAAAGGAUGAGGGCUAUAUUUAUGGUCUGAAGAAUCUACUCACAGUACUGCAAAAUAUUUUGGAUAACUAAAUUCUUUGCUAUGUUUUUUAUUGGGGGCCAACGAUAAAGAGCAACAACAUGAAGAAUUUCUGCACUUGUAGUUCUGUAUAACUGGGUUUGUAUUGUUCUAUAUUUUAUUUGUCUUUGUACUUUUGGUAGAAGGGUUUAACUUUUUAUAAUUUCACUCAGGAAAAAUAUUGAUAGUUAAUUAGGAAGUGUGAAAGGAUGAAGAUACUUGAGAUAAAGCAAGAUAGGUUAAUUAACAGAAUGAAAUGUCUGUGGUUGGUUCAAGUCCAAGGACCACCAGAAGCAAGGGUGAUGUUAGUUUCUCUAAUGACUUUAGCAUAGGUGACAUUUUUGCCCAUUCAGCCUUGACACUGAGCCGCAUCUCCAUUAAGAGGUGUUCAGAAAAUAGACUGAAAGUUGUAAGGUGCAGGAUUGAUGUCCUCAGUACUGCCCUUGUGUUUACCGUAUUUGAAUAACUGGAGUAACUCUGCUUGGAGAGAAAUCCCGUUCUGAGUCAGCAGUCUCACCUGAAGCCAGUGCAUCCCAAAGUGCUUUUCCACAUCAUGGGACAAUAUUGUUGUUCUUUCAGUCCUUCCCCUUCGUGGAUGUCCGUAGCCGGUGUUCACCACAGAUGAACUACCAUGUAAUUUGUGUUGAGGUGCUAAGAAAAUGCUGGAGUACAAUACCACAACAGGCUUAAACUGCACAACUUGUAGAGAAACUGUUCGUUCUUAAGAAUGAGUGAAAGAAGGCAAAUGCAAGAUGUUCCAGGAACUAAUUUGGUUUCAGAGAUGCUCAGUCUGUUAAUGGAGAGUCUGAUGCUGUGAUUAAGGAAAAUGUCUCACUCUGUUCUCAUGGCCCUUCUCCGACAACCUCGCUUUAAAAAGCAAACUGGUAGAAUGGGGAAAAAGUGUUUGGGGUGAGUGUACCGAGCUGUGCUGGCUGUGAGCCCCCUGCAUUCCUGCAGUGGUGUUUGGUGCUUCCUCUGCUGGGGAGCACUGCCUGGAGCCAGCAGCAGCAGAGGCGGAGGAGCCUCCUGCGAGACCGUUCAGCCCCGGAGCUGCCAGCUGUGCCGCGUGCGCCGGCGGAGCCGCGGCUCUCCCGUCCCGCCUGCACACACUGCAGGUUUCUUCAGCGACACACAGGCAAGCUGUGUGGUUUGAAAGCUGUCCCAUUCCCUUCCUUUUCACCAGAAAAAUUCAACUUUUCUAUGGAAUACUUGAGAUCAGGAUGAUGUAUCCAAAGCAAUUUUGGUGUGUCUCUUCUGUAUGCUGUGCUGCCAUGCUUAUUACAGUGAACUGUAUGGAAAGUGGGAAGGGAGGAGUCUUGCCAUCCCUGGAGCAAGAUUUUAAUGCUUAAAGCAUUUCCAGGAUGAAAAUGUUUUAGAAUUAAUUUGGUCAUUGGAAACAUACAUCUUUUUCAUGUGGACUUAGUGACCCUGUGGCCUUGCUGCUCUCUGUAUGAUGUUCUGCACUAUGCACUCAGCUGUGUACACAUCUUGACAAGUUCUUCAUUGGACAUCUGUUUUCUACAUGACAAAGAGAUUCAUACUUUUUCAAGCUGUUUUAAAUAAAGCUGAAUUUUUAGCUCUAUUUGAGAGCUGGGGUUAAUUGGGAGAAACAGGGUAUUACUAUGUGUAGAAUUACAUGGUUUAAACUUUAGAGCUCCUAUUGGCCAAUAUAUUCAAGACUGAAACCAACCUUUCAGUAGCAUGAUGUUUCAGAAGUAUAGGAAACGGGGCUUGCAGGAAAGGUGAGACCAGUGUGUUGAAAAUUUUAUGGGAAAUACAGUGAAGUCUGAGGGGGAAAAUACCAGGAAGAAAGGGACUUUUUUUCCUACCUGGUAUUUCUCUUGCACCUUAUAGUUAAUAUAUUCCCAACUCUCUGUGAAUUAAUUUAAGCCAUAUUCUAGAAAGAGUUUGUGGUUUUGUUUGCUUUGUCGCUGGUUUCUCUGUUAAGAUUUUGUUGUUCUAUCCCGUAAAUAGUCAACACUAGAAUAGUCCAGACUGGUAGUGGCCUUGUAUCAUAAAGUUACAAGGUUUUAUAGGAAAAUAUGGGCAAAAACAUUUCAACAUUAUCAUUUUUGUCCUCUGUAAUUCAUCUCUUCUGGAUUUUAAUCCAUUUUGUACCAGAGAAAUGAGGCAUUUUCCUCAAGUCAGUUAUUGGAAAAUGAUUAGUAUGCACUUAGUACCAUGCACUCUCCUGUCUCUGCUUUAAGAUACAUGUCCUCGGUGUUUGAAUGCUCUUUAAGUAUUGAUUGUUUUGUUGGCUAUGGCAGUAUUUGUAACAUGCCUGGAAUAUUGUCAACCUGUCAGAAUAUUUUGAAUAAAAAAAAUUUUAUCUUGGUUUUUGUACCAGUAGUUAUUAUGAAUGUAUUUCUGAUAAUUUAAAAUGUAGCUUGAGAAAUAACAGUAUUUUUCAUUGGAAAUUGUGUAAAUAAAGCUUGCUGUGGAGAUAUUUGGGCAUAGUACCAGCUGUGAGUUUGAGCCUGCAAAGGCCUUAUGUUCACACUUCUUGCAUAUUUUAAACACGGUGUGUGUUGUGUCUGAACCAAUUGUUUUCACUUACAAUUGGCAGUGUAUUCACAGAAAUCAUUAAACAGAAUCUGUAAUUAAUCAGAAGAUAAGGAGGGAGACAAUGGGUCACUGAGCUGAUGUGCUCUCAGUGAUUGAUCUCCCUCUCAGCAAUGCCCUUUUGUUCUCUGGACAGAGUACACAGGACAGGCAACCAUUACAUGGCAAUCUUGACAGGAAUAGUUACAGGCUUGUAGGUGUUCGUGUCCCAUAAACAGAGGGGACAGAUUGCCCAGACUGGUGUGGUGUAGCUGGGUGCGAGGCCUGCUGGGGAAACUGAUGAUUUUAAGCAAUAAGAGUUGGGUUUAGCAGAGCCAGCUCUCAAAAAGGAAGAACUCACGCAGCAUUGUCGCUCGUGGACUCUGAGAUACAGGCCACUGAAGCCUUUCUGCCUAGGGGAUGUGAGAACUGGGCUUAGGCUUACCUAAGGAGAGCUUGAGUUAUAUAAAGUUUUAUGAAAAGCAUUUACAAAUGUAUUUUUGAAUAUGGGUGAAAUUUGUUGCAUAAAUUACAUUGGAAGUUACUAUAUAAUACUGUAUUACCACUAUGAAAUACUUAAAAUACUCCAUUUGUUUUAUGAACUGAACUGGAGACUUCACUUGUAGUUGUGAUUCUGAUGAAACUUGUACUGUUUUGGGUUUUUUCUACUGUAAUGCAUAACCAGAGUGUUCUUGUCCAUAAUCUCACAGUUUCAUGGGAACUUUUAGAAGUACUGAGUAGAUUAGGAAAUCACUGAUUUCCAUUAUUUUGAUUAACAAAAGCGAGCGUGUUCUUAAAAUAUUUCAGUGCAGGUAAUAUUGUAAGUAAUGUUAACAUGCUACAAAUCUAAAACCCCAGUAAAACUUCCUCACCUGCAGAGAGCUCCUGGUGCAAGUCUGGGUUGUGCAGGGUUUAAAUUGGGUUUUCUGAGGUGUGACAGCAGCAGUGGUGAAGGAAUGGCCGUGUCAGGUGUGCAGGGUGUUUACAUUGUGAACCUCAAACCAUUGCAGUGGCCUGCUCGCCUCAUCGUGGGAAGCACAGUCAGAUGUGGGAAGGCACUGGAAGAAUGGAGACUCACGUGUACACUUGCUGUUUAAAGUUAGGAAUAGUUGUUCAUCCUCCUCAUUUCUUCAGGUUUUUUUUUCCCUACAUGCAGUUUCCUCCUGAGUGCCCCUGCUACAGGUGGCAUCGUGAUGGGAAUUUGUAUUUCCUAAAAUCUUAUGCCCAGUAACUCCUGUGGAAGUGCCGCUAUUGAAAAACACCGUAAAAUGCCUCAAGUGCUGUGGGAAUACGCUCUGCCCUGGAAGAGCAGGAGUGGCUGCUGGUGGACAGCAGGAUUUGAUGGGAGACUGGAUCGUAGCCUUGGUGCAAGUUCUUUACUUGAGAGAUGAAGAGGACAUUCUGGGGGCAAGGUGAGUGACUGAACUGGGGAGUUUUCCUUCCCUCACUGCAGUUAGGUGGGGAUUUGUGUUUAAGGAGGCAGCACAGCAGGGAGCAGUGAGUUCCUGAGGAGCCCUGAGCAGGACACGGUGCGUGCUGGAGCACAGAGCAGGGCUGUGGGUAAGAUCCAAAGGCUGCAGAUCUCCAGGUGUCCCACAGAGAGAACGUGUUGUGCUUAUUCAUCGGGUUAAAACAGGAAUUCGUCACCAUAGCCACAGGCCAAAUCGUGUCUGCUUUUCAUGUUCACAGCCAUCUGUAAAUGAAAGCUGCAGUAGAAAAUUGUCAUCCAAAGGGCAAAUAUGUUUGAAAGGGAAAAAUAAGCAAACUGAGGGUUGUACCGCAGAAAACGUGUUUCAGUAAACAUCUUUAACUCUGUUCUUGUUCAGUGGAGAUGGGCCAUGUGGAUUUGGAGUUUAAUUUGUUAUGUGACAUGCAGUAGCAAGGUCAGAAGAAAGGUGCUUCAGAACACCUUAGUUUGAAUUAUGUACAUUGGUUCAAGUAGUUGUUUUUUUUCAUAGGUCACUUUUUAAAAAAGAAAGUAACUUCCAAAUACAACGUGUGUUGCACCUGACUAAAUGAAACUACAGUGCACAAAGGCACUUUAAUCCUCUGGGAGCUGUACUGGAACGUAGAUGAAACCAUGUGAAAUUGCACCUGAUGCCGUGUUGUUAAUAGUUUUUGAGAUUUAAAGUUCUACAUUCAUUAUGGUUGAUGAAUGAAUGUGUCUAGUCUCAGUUUCUUUGAUCCAAGUGUCUAAAGCUGCCCCUCAAUCUCCUCUGAUCUGUAUGUGUCAUUUCAUUUGCUAUUUUCUGACAUUCCUGGACCACAGGGAGUAUUGUUAAUAUUACCCGUGUUUAUUUUAUAGAACAUUGUACUGUGCUAUCUACCAACUUUUGUAACUUAAUUAUUAGUGAUAUUUAGGCUCAUUCUAAUAGCUGUAUAUUUGGCAAAUUAUUAAAAUUUUCUGUAAGUGA